AUGAGGAACGGUGCAUUAAUCCCAGUCCUGGUUUCGUUGCUAGGCAACGUAAAUGGGAAGUGGGUAGAGGGAAGAAUUAAUACAAAGGAGAAUUGGGCUUUUCUGGCGCGCUUCUGUUUUCUGUCGCUAGAGGGCGAGUUUGAAUAUUUGAUAGAGUUUGAACGGGACAUGGGAUCUCCCAAUUUACUCUUGUAUUAUGACGAUGAAUCUCAAUGGCCGGCUGUGUAUCAUAGUAAGCGGACAUGUCAAGACCGUGAAUCGGUACUUAAUAAAGGCGGGCAGAACCAGAUGGUUAAACUAUCACAUUGGUAUCCGGACACCGAGUAUUCAGGCUGUAUCGUCACAAAAGCUAACAAAGAAUUACCUGCUUCUAAAAGCACAACACAAAAACCGACAACAGCAAAGCCAACAAAACCGAAAAACACGUCUAAAAAUGAUCUUCCGAACGAUCCGGGCUAUUACGACCAGUUUUUAAAAACUACGAUUUCACCAAAAACGGAAGUAUCUACCAAAGAACCGAACACUACGUGGUACGAGUUGAUCCCUGAAGAUUUUAAUUCUACCACAGAACUGCCAGAUGAACUAUGGGAGAGUAUUGGUCCAGUUACAAAUGGCAGUAAAGAAGAUUUAAAAGAUGUCGAAAUUUUAUUUGAUAAUUACAAUCACACUCACAAAAUAAAGCGAUCAAUAGAAUUAUACGAACGAUAUCGACGACGACGUCUCAAUUCAGAUUCGUAUAAAAAUGGGUACAGCGAAACAGAGAGAAUGAUUGUAUCAUGUCACAACUCGAGAAGGUUUCGUUCGGCGAGAGAGAGGUGGUGGUUCAUUGCGAUUAGCAAUUGCGAUAGUCCAAAGGGUCUGGACGUGAAAUACAAAUUUUUAAUGACAAAUGGACCUGAAGGUGAUUUCUGGCAUCGGCAUUUUUCUGCGGAUGAAUUUUAUGUCCUGCCAAUUCUAUUGACCUACACAUUUGCGUACAUAAUAGUGAUGGUAGCAGUAGUGAUGUGCUCCGUCGAGCUGCGCUCGCGACACCUUUUACACUCGACGUAUAAGUUGUUCCUAAUAUCGAUAGUGGUACAACACUGUGGAGUAUUGUUACAAACGCUGGCAAAUAUUCGAUACGCUAGUAAUGGAGUUGGCGCACCUAAUUCGAAGAUUAUUGGUCAGUUUCUCUGCGGGAUAUCGGAAGCCACCUUCCUCUUGUUGCUAAUACUUCUAGCCAAGGGCUAUACGGUCACCCGUGGUCGCCUCAAGGUUGGAUUCACGGUCAAACUGACUGUGUUCAUGUGCCUCUAUGUACUGACAUACGUGGUUAUCUUUAUAUACCAAGCUAGGGCAUUUGAUCCAGGUGAAGUGUUAUAUUUGUACGAGAGUUUGGCAGGAUAUGCGCUCAUAGUUCUCCGGAUAUCCGGAUGGUGCGCUUUCGCGUACGCUACAUAUUUUACCGCUAGGAAAUAUCCGGAAAAGAAUAUGUUCUACUGCCCUUUUUUCAUCUGUGGUACGUUGUGGUUUUACGCGGGACCGCUGUUUAUACUCACUGCUAACUCUUACAUAGAUAAAUGGGUGCGCGAGAGUGUGGUGACAGCUGUACUCUUAUUUAUAACAUUCUGUGGACACGUCAUGUUCUUGCUGUUAACCCUACCGGUUUUUGCAAAUAAAAAUUUCCCAUACCACGUCCGCACUACACAAAUUGGAGUAAUGGAGGUGACUAGCAACCCAGCCUUAGAUGGCUUUGGUCCUAACGCAUAUCAUCCCGAGACAGCAGCCGGCCAAACAGUUAUCAUUCCACUCACGAGGCGAACCGAGGAAUUAAUUGGCAGCAUCUAUAAUCAAUACAUGGCAACAGCGCCUCCGCUGUCACAUGAAAACGAAACGCCAAAACACAACGGCGUCAACAGAAAUUCUUUUUCAAAAAAUGGUAUUACUCGACAGCCCAGCAGCGAAACAACCACAUCUUCAGAGAUAAUCCCACACAUAAAUGAUAAGGACAUAUUUACAGUCGAAACACAAAUCGCGAAACUCGAACAACCAGAGUCACAAGAAAAUGACAGUUCGAUUGUGUUGCCCGAAAAUGGGGUUAAUUUGCCGAGUAAUGGGGUAAAUCUUGACUUACCCAACGUGUUGAGAUCUAAGAGAAACAUCCUAGAACCGAUUAGAAGGGAUGUGCCGUCUUGGUCUUUGGCAAAAGGUCCAGCUGUUGUUGCAAUGCAAAAGAAGACUGAUCAAGAUAACCAUUUACCACCAAUAUCAAAUGGUAAAAAAGCACAGACAGUAAAAACUAUGCAAGCCACUUCUGGCGUCAUCAGCACGAUACACGAAGGACGCGAACAAACUUAUAAUCGAACCGACGAGCUAUUCACUGUAACUAAAAGUUAA